AACAUUUGCAUAUCUAAAAAAAAAAAAUUCUUGUUUUUCUCAUUUUCUUUUCUUUCGUACUCGCGCGAUUGAUGUGUGUGAAUCUUUCAUGAAAUUCAUCAGCAACCAAACUAAACAUAAAAACAUGGAACCAUUUACAGUAUGGAUUCUGGCCAUAACAUUAUUAUUGACCAUAAUGAAUUAUGUUCCAACUAAUGGUGAUUGUCCAUCACCAUUAAAAAUCGAUCGAGAAUGUGCAUCACAAUUUCUUUAUUUUGGCAAACGAGAUUCAAUAUUGACAUUCGAUGAUGGACUUUAUAUUCAAAAUUGUGAGGCCUUUGAAGAUGGAAUGAUUUGUUUGAGUGAUUAUAUUGAUGAAUGUUUACAUGGUACAGCACGUAUGGCAGCUGAUGCAUUAUAUGGUACCAUUAUCAAACAAUACAAUAAAAGAUGUAUGAAUGAAACUAUGGGGAAAAAAUUUAUUGAACAUUCACAAUGUUUACGUGAUCAUAGUAAAAUGGAAAAAUUUCAUCAAUGUGGUGAUUAUUAUUUCCAUAGAAUACAUCAAAUACAACAAAUACCAGAUCGUGAUUAUCAUAUAUUGGCUGCUUGUUGUUCAAUGGCUUAUUUUCAUUCAUGUGUUGAUGAAAAUAAUCGUAAACUAUGCAAUGAUUAUGAUGAUAAUGGUCAAUUUUGGUCGAAAACAUUUGAUGAAAUAUCCGGUGAUGUUGGCCUUUUUUGUUAUGGUCAUGAAACCAAAGACAAUUGUACAAAGAAUUUUCCUCAAGAUAUUUGGCAAAAAUAUCUUCAACGACCCAUAGAUAAAUUAGAUUCACAAACAUUACGUCGACGAUGGAAAUAUAUUUCAAUAGUCAUGUCCAAUAUUGAUGUUGCUGCUAAAUAUGAAUUAUAA